GUCUAUGCAAAUGAGCUUUGCCGCCAUUGCUUGUAUAGAAAGGCGGUGCGGAUAAAUACGUGAUUUUCUACUUAAAUAUAUCGAAUCUUUGAAUGUAUAAAGUAUCACUUGUUUAUAAGGUUCAUGAUACCUAUCCGAGCUAUUAGCAUAUCGAUAAAUUUACCGUAAGAACUCUCAGCGAUCCUUCGAAAAAAAACAUGGCGAAUAAAACGCUUAUGUGGCCUGGAAUGGAAAAAAUACGCAUCUACUGGAUAAUAAAUAAUAAACUUGUUAAGAACACAUCUUCUCCACCGAAUACGGAGCAAGUAUAUACAAAAUUAAGCGAUAUCCUUGACCUUUUUCCGGAAAAGUUGAGAGAAGAAGCCGAAAAGGUUUUGAACAAGUUUAGUGAGGAUUUUGAAAUUAAACCGAAUGUUUUAUUAUCAAAUGAAAAGUAUGUACAUCUUUCAAGUCUUUUGGCUUUUUUAGUAGUCUUUCCGAAAUGCCAUGCAUUUCAAUAUGUAAAGGGAAUACUUAUGAGUUUUCUAACGAACUUUGGAGAAGGAAGUUGUCAAGGAUGUGGUUACAUAAGGAGAGAUUGUAUGUGUCAUACUCUAGGAGCUACAACAUUUUAUGAUCUCCCUCCUAGUAUGCAACAUUCUGUUGCUUUGAAAAGCUCAAAAGCAUCUCAAACUUUAGACCUUGGUCUGUUCGAAACAAAGGAUGAAAAAUCUCGUAUCGAAACUAAAAGGGAAAGAAAGCAAAUGAAAGAAAAUGAAACCAAGGAAGAACCUAAAAAGGAUAGAAGAAAGAGCAUGAAACCUAAAAAGCGACCUAGGUUGUCGGAGAGCGAAUCAAAAGACGAAGAGUCACAUAGUCCAAAGAUAAUAACAAAAAAAUCACCAAAGAAGAGAAAAUUUCCUGUAGUUGUGUUUGCUCAAAAGAAGGAGGCGAUUAUGCACAAUGAUAGAAACGAAGAAGAAGACGAAGAGGAGGAAUUAAUUGUUCCUUCCGAUUCUGAUUUUUCCGAUCAAGAGAUAGAUGAUAGAGACGAGGAGAUUCAAAAAAAGACUGGACAUAAUCUCAGACCUAAAAAGCUUAAAUUUACUAAAAAUAAUUUUAAAGUUCAAAUUAUUGCGAAGGAACAAGAAAGGAAAAGAAAAAAGAAAGAAAAACAAACUAAACAAAGGACUGAAGUUAGACGAAAGCCGAAACGGGAAAAAUUACCUGAAACUAGUUAUUCAGCCAACGAUACAAUACCUUCUUUAAUUGAGGCCAAUAUGAGAGCUACAGCCAUGUCUGCCGGUUUAGCAGCUCUAGCAAUGGCUGCAGAAGCGUCGCAGGCCAUGCCAUUUCCAUUUCCAACUUCUCUUCCAAUUCUUCCAGUUCCUCAAAUAAGAGACUCAGAAUUCGAAGAAAAAGAUAGUGAAAUGGAUCGAAUAUUGAAAGUAGAUACGCGAGGAGUUAUCUUUGGCCAUGGCAUUAUUGAUACAAUCAAUGGAAAGGUUGGAAAAGCGUAUAUUCUUAGAGAUGCUUUAACUGGUGGUACAGUUUAUAAAUGCAUGGUUUAUAAUUGUAAUGUUUACUUGGAUACUGAGGAGCACGCGAAUUUACAUAUGCGACUCCAUGCUGCUCACGGAGCUAAAGACAUGAAAUGUGUAGAAGAAGAUUGCAAUUACACGGGUAGUGUAAAUAAGUGGUUCGAUAUGUUGAGGCACUUGAAGAAUGUUCAUCUUUAUAAACUCACAAAAAAUGAAAAAGCCUGUUUCCUUUGUGGCUUAGAUUUUACAGAUGAUAAAGAGCUAGAGGAACAUAGAGAUUAUCAUUAUUACAACAAAUACAGGUGUUUCUAUUGUCAAGUAACUUGUAACACUUGGGUAAGAAUGAAAGCCCAUGCCAAACUGUGCUGUGGAGAUAAAAUAGCUAAAAAGAUUGAUGAGAACAAAAAAGAUGAAAUAAUUGAAACUAUGGAUCUUCUCUUAGAUAAAGUUGAAAAUGAUUUACGAAAGGAGGGCGAAAUGAUGGAUGUUGGUAAAAGGGAAAAAAUUGCCCUAAUGAAGAGCGUUAGUAUGGAGGAUAAAUACUGUUUAGGGUGUCCUUACUGCCAUUUAGUGUUUCGAGAAAGAAACCUUUAUACGGUUCAUAUCGACAGUCAUAUAGAUAAUGGAGCGUUUAAAUGCAUUCUUUGUAAAGAGGAAGACGAAGCGAAAGAGAACAAAAAAGUCUGGUCAUCGUGGAGUGAACUUAAAAAACACUAUAACAAAAACCACAAUACAAAGCCCAGUUUUGUUUGUAAUGUUUGUAACAGACAAUUUAAUCAUAAGGGAAAUUAUCGAGAUCAUUUAAGAAGGUCUCAACAUGGUCAAGAAGAGCCCUUAAAAUGCGAAAUAUGUGCUAAAGGAUUUUAUUCUCAACACGCACUAAAACUGCACCAUGAAUAUGAACAUGGAGGACAGGCAAAGUGCUUGCAAUGCGAUUAUAUUGCUGAUAGUAAGAAACAACUCCGUUUGCAUACAACAUUAAAACACACCGAAAGAAAAUAUGCUUGUGAAGAGUGCUCUAAGAGUUUUCUUUAUAAUCAUCAAUUGAAAUUACAUAUGGCAAAACACAAAGCACAGAAAAAGCACAAAUGCCGUUCUUGCGACGGGGAAUUUACGAACGCAACCGAAUUACGUUUGCAUAGACUUAAAUCUCACCGUAUUGGGCCUGCUCCAAGGCAUUUAUUCAACUGCGAAUCUUGCAGUUUUUCUUGUACAAAUAAGGCCACACUUCGUUUACAUAACGUCGAAGAACAUUUAGGUUUGGACGACGAAGAAACUAAUUUGCUACCAGUAAGAGAUUCCGAAGAGGAAAUAACUCCCAAAGAAGAUAAUCAAAGAGACAACUCGAAAAAGAACCUUUCUAAGAGAAAGAAACGUAAGUCAAAGAGUGGUGGUGGACAUCCGGAUGAAUUUAUUCCUGUUACUAAAGAGGAAAAGAAACAACUUAGUGAAGCGAAAACGAAGGAAAAAGUUCACAAGAAAAUCUUAAUGGAAAGUUCGGCUCGUACGAGAAGUUUCGAAGAAAAUACUUUUGCUAAAAAAAAUGGAAUGGAAGCAGUUGUCAAUCAGCUACAACAACAACGAGAAACCACCGAUGACUCUUAUGACCAUUCUAAAUUUAGUGGGAGGCGACGAUCGGCUGUUGGUAAUUAUCGAGAUAUGCUGUCAGGAAGGGGCUUAGCCAGAGAACACUCACCAACUUCUGUUAAACGAGUAGACGACUGUCGUUCCCGAAGGGGACGACCAUCGAGAAGUUCUUUUGAUCAAUCCGAAUCGAAUGAAUCAUUUGGAAGCCGAAAUAGAGGAAUUCGAAAUCAGAAAGGUGGGAUUGUUGGGAGUGGAACAGCUAGACCAAAAAAUAGAGGACGAACAAGUGCCCCUAUGUCAACUUUACCAAUUGUUUCAACGCCUGUGUCAAAUGAUGUACCUUCACCCGUCUUUACACCGAUUGCUUUUGCCGAUCAUUCGUAUUGUAAUAAUGAAUCGUUGUCAUAUUUGUCUAGAGACGAGGGUAAUUUUAGAGAAGAGUCAACCGACGACGUCGAACUUUAUCCAAAGAAGUCCAAAUCACCAAGGAAUCGUCAUAAGAGUAAUUCGUUCAGAACAUCAUCCUGCUUGGAUUCAGCCGGAAGUCUUGACGAAAUAAUAGGAGACGAGCAAGUCCUAGAUCCUCAAGUACUCGACUCAAUUCCAGACAAAUUAGAUGUUCAGGAUGCGGCUAACAGUUUAUUAGCUUUGACAAACGACGAAUUUGACGAUAUCGAGCAACGUUCAAACGAUUUGGAUGAGAUUGAACUAAAUGCUGCCGAUUUGGAACUACUUCGGCAAAAUUUUAGUGAAAGUGCUGGUGCACACAACAAUGUCGAACAUGCUCCAAGCGAAGGAGUUGUUGAGGAGGUUGGUCAAGUUUCCGUGGAACAAAAUGACUUGUAG